AUGUUGCAGUAUCUCGGCUUCUCGUCUAGUGAUUCCAAGCCGGUGGAGAAAGAACCUCCCCGUAGCCUGCCUGCAUCAUGGUAUCGCUCCGAGGCCAUGUACCAACUAGAACGUCGGGCUAUCUUCUCCAAGCGAUGGAUUCUGCUCACUCAUUCUAGCCGUUUCGCCAAGCAAGGCGACUACCUUUCUUUCACAGUUGCCAACUUUUCAUUUUUCUUGAUUCGAGAUCGCGAGGGAAACAUUAAUGCGUUCCAUAAUAUAUGCAGACAUCGAGCAUUUCCGGUUGUGCAAAGUCAAUCCGGAUGUACCUCGAUUCUGAGCUGCAAAUAUCAUGGAUGGUCAUACGGAUUGAAGGGAAAUUUGGCCAAAGCACCGCGUUUUGAGACCGUUCCCGAAUUCGAUAAAGAUCAAAAUGGGCUACUCCCCGUCCAUGUCCACAUCGACAAGGCGGGCUUCGUUUGGGUUAAUCUUCAAGCUGGCGACCCCGAUAUAAAAUGGGAAGACGAGUUUCGUAAGGUUGAUGAGCAGCCCCGGAUGCAAGACUUCGAUUAUGCAGGGGAUUAUAAAUUUGAUCAUUACUGGGAAAUGGACCUGGAAGCGAACUGGAAAGUGGUUAUUGAAAAUUACAACGAAUGUUACCACUGUCCGACAUCCCAUCCGCUCAUCAGUGCAGUAUCCGAUCUGCCUCGAUACAGGGUCGAGCCAACAGCCGGAUAUAUGGAGCAUCAUAUCUACAACAAAGAGCAAAGUGAAGCCCAUUUCAAGCGAGCCAUCACAUUUUUUUCACCAACGACAUCGAUUACUGUCACAGAGAAAUUCUUUUAUAUACAACGCAUGAUUCCCGUUUCUGCCACUAAAAGCAAAAUCGAGAAUGAAGUAUAUCGCCACAAAGAUUCGACAAACAAGGAAUUCGAUGAUAUCAACGCUUUCUAUCGGCAGGKGCUUGACGAAGACAAGGAGCUGUGUGAGGGGGCACAACGUAAUCUUGGUGCUGGAGUGUUUGUCAAUGGCGAGCUUCACCCAAAUAAGGAAAAUGGCCCGAUCUAUUUUCAAAAUAGCGUCAAGGCAAUGGUGAUGGAGCACCGGGAAAAUGAAAAACAAAAAGACGGACGCGAGAUAUGGCCAGCCCUUCCUGCAUUAUCGAAGAGCAUGACUAAGAAAUUGGCGGAUGAAGAGCAAUUCUGCUCACAAUUAGAGGCUUCCAGCUGCCUGCAGAGACCCGAACUCACUUGGUGA